UCAAAAAAUAUAUAUUUUUAUACUAAAUAGGAGAAAUCUUAAAAGGGACCCUGGGAAUAGUCGAGAAACGGAGAAAGUUUUUAUCACCCUUCAAUGAAAAUAAAGUCAAAUUUUAACAACGUUCUUGAAAUAUCAAAAACACAAAAAAACAAAAGAAAUAAUGGCAGCGCGAAGAGAUUUUAGACAUUUUAAACGUUUGACGUCAAGCGCGCGCGGCCUUAACGGUGCGUCGCGUAGAAACCACGCGAGUUUUAAAAUCACCUUACGUAAACAAUAGGAACAAUGACGAAUUCAGUUUCUGCGUUUCAAAUCAGAAGACAAUGAAACGACAUUUGGAGAACCUUUUUAAUAGGCUUAUGUAGAGCACGUAAGAAGUUAUGCUUCACUAGCGAAGAAAGACGCUGAUUUGACAUGGAGCAACCGAAAAGCAUCGAAGCGCAGCGCGGAAGGCAGCGAGGCAAAAGUUUUGAUGUCGCAUUUAUUUUUAAUCGGUGUUCAAGUACUGAGAUGCAAAGUAGAGCAAGUCCCCGUGAAUCCAACAAUGAUCUUGGAGAAAUUAGAAACAGACUUCGGCACAAGUCCUGGGUGAUUGGUGGGACUAGAAGGAGCUCUUUGCAAACCGAGAAAAAGAGAUCUGUCUCGUCCAAGCUGUCGUUUGAUGACCGCAGGUCUUCACACCCUACCAGGUAUAACGGGCAUCAGUUUGAAAGACACAAAACAGGGCGAUUUGUCGAUUACAUGAAGAUGAAUGUACCUAAAAAGUGGUUGAGAGAAUACGAGAAAAAGCAGGCAGACCUUCGGAGGAAAAGCAAAGAGAAGCUGCAGCCUCUGGAUCGAUUCAGGCGUGUUGUAAGGCUGAUCUUAACGUGUAACACGGCGUUUCGGAGCAUCGUGCAUUACGCAAUGGAGAAAGGUCAAUACGAGCAAGUCACUUCUGAUGCUACACUCAGCUUAAAAAGUGCUGCCGCCAAGGGUGCUAUGGAGAAUUUAAUGUUUGAUCCAGAACAUUACAAAUGCCACCAUGAGUUUUUAAUGCCAAGCUGGGCCAAAGAAAUUGCUUGCAAAGAACCAGAGGAGAGGACGAAGCAAGAAAUCCACUCUAUCGUGCAACUGAUGAAACAACUGAAAGGUUUUCGUAGAUACAGCUCCAAGAUACAGGAAGCGAUAUGUGGGGCGCUCAAAUACGAUUGCUUUGGUCGACGUCGAGUGGUAGUACGAAAAGGUCACGUGGCCCAGCGUUUCUACUUCAUUUUCAGCGGCUCAGUGUGUGUCACAGUAGAUGAUGAUGAACACAGCGCAUUUGCCAAACCAACAGACAAUGCUGUACUCAAGAGAGGGGACCACUUUGGGGAACUGGCUUUUAUUAGAGGGCUUAAGAGGGCCGCUACCGUGGUUUGUUUGGAGAGAACCGAGUUACUGUCAGUGGAAAAAGAGGAUUUCUUUUCUGCCAAGAUUGACUUGAGCUUUAACGCGGACAUGCAAAGGAGGGUGGAGUAUCUCAAAGAACAUCCCGUGUUUAGAACGUGGCCUGAAGAUGUUGUAAAACAGGUUGCAGAAGAAAGCAGACUUCAAGAUUAUAACAGUGAUGAAGUGAUUGUUCGUGACUCCUGUAAGCUGCACUGGAUAAUAUUUAUUACAAAGGGGCAAUGUGACGUAUUGAGACUGUUGGACCUUAGCAAUUGCAAGGAAUACAUCGACCAUGCCCUAAAAUACAGAAUGGAGAAAAUACACGACGAUGCGUCUUCAUCUACUUACAGUCCUACAAUCGAUGACAUUUCUUUGAGCUCAGUCGUGUUACGAGGAGUCCCUCAGAGAUUGGAGAGUCCCGAAGAAGAAUCUACUGUAGAAAGCUCAGAAAAAGUAACUACUCCACGCAGAAAGGCGAAGUCUGAAUCGUCCAUUUUAUACCGAGUCGAUCGCACAGCAGUGAUAACAGCGGAUCAGGCUUCCAAGAAAGGGAUCUUGCACUCCGAAAACACGGCAGGGAAAUCACCGAAAGGACGAGUGAGUUUCCGAGUUGAGGAAAAUCAGAAUUCUGCAGUAGGUCAAGGGUGCUUGCAAACUUCCGAACUCAAGCGAAGAUCUGUCGAACCCCAGCAAAGGCUUUCCGAACCCACGCCUGUUUAUAGCACCAUCGAAGACGAGGGAGUGGUUGAUGGAAAGCGAGCAGAGGAUAAAGUUGGUGUUGGGGUUUAUAUGAUGGUGGAUCGGCUAAGACCAGGCCAGUGCUUUGGUGCUUGGUCUUUGUUAGAGCAGGAAGAUAAAUGCUUACCAUUCGCCGAAAGCAUUCGCUCUUCAAACGAACAAAAUGAAGGAGAGUUAAACAAAGUGAAAAGCAUCAAAAGACAGUCCAAGAAAGAGAACAAACCCAGGGAAAGACGUUUCACUUUAGUCAGUGGAGGCUGCGAAGUGAUUAAAGUAACUCGGGAAGUUUUCUUUAAAUAUUCGGACACUGUAACUCUUGAUAAACUCAAACAAUUGACUGCUACGUAUCCCGAGGAUACCAUUUUAUGCCAGACAUAUCUCCAGCAUAGCGACUGGCGAACUUACAGAGAGGAGAUUGUUGACAAUGUUGUUGUUCGACACAUAGCGCGCUUGGAAACGGCAAAAGGAUCAGCGCGCUCACAUAAAGUCAGGUCGUCUCCAGUUCCCUCACCCCUGUGCUCGAUGAAGAUGUGGCAGCCGGUUAAUUCCAAGUGGGAGUAUUUUCCAGACACGGGGUGGGUGCCGGGAUAUGUGACGCGACCAGCUGUUGAAGCUGGAACUUCACGACCAAAUCGUGCGGCUAAUUUAAAUCGUUCUCCCGCUUCAAGUCGAAGUCAGAGCCCAUCAUUAAGGAAAUGGUCUCCUGCUUCGUACGGGACGCCGCGCGGGUCUCCCAUCCCGUCUCCAGCAGGCGCCUCGAAAUCGUCCGAAAAGCUUCUGCCACUGGUAACAAAUGACCUGGUACUGGCGCAAGGGAGCCAGAGAGCACUGGUACUCACCCAAGGGGGGAGUAGAUGUAAUGAUUAUCAACUUCAGAUCGAGAGAAGAAUUAUCAACAAGCAUGAUAUGAAGAAAACAAACCAAUAUUUUGGUAAAGUAACAUGACAACGUUUUAACAAGGACUGAACUUCUGUGGUUCGCAAUCCAUGAAAGUCAUGUCAUGCGAAUUUAGUAUUUAUGUUAUUUAAUGACAGUUAAAAACUUAAUAAUCUGCGCUCGACAAAUAUCAGUGUGGAGUUAACAUCAUCUUCGAACAGUUACUUGUUUUUUCGCCAUGGUAUCGUUAUGUCGCAACGGCGUCAGUUUGUUUGAUAAUCAGGAUUCCUUUCAUUUAACUUUAUUUAUUAGAGUCACCAAGUGAAGGUAUUUAUGAAUUUCAAGCCAAAUAGUAAAGUCAUUCAAUUUUA